CAGAUAAGCAGACACGAGAUGAGAUACGAAGCAGACAGAUGAGAAUAUUUAUAACGCAAAGAUGUUACUCUUCGACAGAUCUAGAGUAGAUUGAGUUUAAAGAUCUAAUCAGAAGUGCAAGGAACCGCAGGAAAGAAGAUAGAUAAGAUCACACAAGAAUGGAUUAAAUAAGAUAUUUAAAAAGUCUAACUUUGAAGACACAAUUGUGAUUCAAGCAGAAAACUAAAAAAAUGCAAGCGUCAAUGAAGUAAAGCAAGGUUGCAAAACAAAAAGCAAACAUGGUUCAACGAGUAUCAGACCCAGAAAAGUCAGUCCCCGAAGACACAUUCUCCCAACUUUUGGGACAUUUUGGAAAAUGGCAGUUGAUAAUCUUCCUGUCAGUAUUCCUCAUCAAAUUUGCAUCAGGAUGGGUGCAGAUGGCCAUACUUUUCCUGACGCCUAAAGUGACAUAUUGGUGUGAAGAGUUCCCCGAGAAUUUCACUGGGGUUAUGGCUAAUGGGAGUUGUUAUAAAGAGUGUGUGAAGUAUGCGUAUGAUACGAGUCCUAUGGACAGCACUAUAGUUUCUGAGUGGGACCUUGUGUGCGAUCGGGCGUGGAUGGCAAGUUUCACUCAGAUGAUGCUGCAGUUUGGGAUUUUGACUGGGAGCAUCGUUUAUGGAUUCCUUUCUGACAGAUAUGGACGGCGGAUCACCUUCCUCGCCUCAAUCAGCGGCCUCGUCCUCUUCUCGUUCUGCAUCCCUUUCUCCACCAACUACAUCGUCUUCACCGUCUUCCGUUUCUUCCUCGGCUUCUCCACCGCCGGGACCAUGGUCAUCUCCUUCGUCAUCGUCAUGGAGGCCGUGGGCCCCAAGUAUAGGGAGGCCUUCGGAUGCGUGUUCCAUAUUCCUUUCAUCUUGGGGCAUUUGACUAUUCCUGUCUUUGCAUAUUACUUCAGGACUUGGGAGUCGUAUACGUUGGCUCUGGCGGUUCCUCAAGUGGUGUACUUGAGUUACUUUCUGAUCGUGACGGAAUCCCCGAGAUGGUUGGUCAGUGUGGGAAGAGUGGAUGAGGCCACGGAGAUUGUGAAGAAAGCUGCUAUCAUGAACAAAAUGCCAACAGACAAGAUAGAAGAGACCCUAAAAAAGGUCUCCCACGAGUUGGUAACCCGCGAGGCACCAAAAGUCCACUAUGGCGACUUGUUCCGUCCCAAUUUGUGGGUCCGGACCGUGUGCUCCUGUGCUUUAUGGGUCAUUACUGGGGUCACGUUCUUUGGAGUCAACCAGUACAUCAGUCAGACUAGCUCCAGUCUUUACAUUAGUAUUGCCGCUGCUGCCCUAAUUCAGGUACCCGCCAACCUCCUGUCAAUCUGGUGCGUCCGCACCUUCGGCAGGAAAGCCACAACCAUCGCCGCCUUCACCCUCGGCGGCCUCUGCCUCCUAACCCUUGGAGUGGUCGGCGAUGACUUCUGGCUCAAAUUCACACUCGGAACUCUAGGCGUCAGCUUCAUGUCUAUCAAUGCUGCGACGAUUUAUAUCUACUCGUCUGAAUUAUUCCCUACUGUAGUCAGGAAUAUGGGUUUGGGGUUGUGUUCUGUAGGUAUGAGGUUUGGGUCCAUGUUAGCUCCGUUUAUUUCAAACUUAGCGGUGAGCAUACCAUGGUUGCCGACGGUUAUCUUUGGAUUGGCGCCGCUGCUUGGAGCAGUUAUUUGUUUGUUGCUGCCAGAAACGAAAGGAAAGAAGUUACCGGACUCUUUUGAAGACGUUGAAAGUUAGUUCAGUGCCGUAUACGAAAUGAACUCGCAUAGCGGGAUUUUGGCGGCAAAAUUGUUAAAAAAGUGAUUUAAAAACACGAGGUACAGUCAAGUGUAAUAUGGGUGCACUCGUCAUACUGAAAAAUAUGUCCCAUAACUCUUAUGUCAGCGAAUUAAGAACUAGGACAUUUUUGCGUAAGUUGUAUGCACCCAUAUUUUUACACUUAACUGAGAGUACUUAUGUAUGAUAAAAAUCCAUACAGUAUAGAUUUUGAUCAUUUCAUGAAAUGCCAUUUUAGAAUUGAUUACCUAACUUCAUGAUGUGGUUAGGUUAGGUUUGACUUUAUCAUGAUGUGGCAUGUGGCCGGUUGGCCAUUCAUUCGGUGGAUCGGUUGAUCAUUUCAUAAAAUGAUUGCCACUUACGUGAACUUACGUGUGUACCUACUUAAGUGCCUCUGUGUAAUUGUAACUUUAUAUAGGUAUGUAAAUUAAUUAAUAUUUUGUCCAGAUAAGAACCAAAUUCGCCUUAAAUUAUUGUUAUGGGUAUUAAGAAUACAUAUGAUUGUAAUUAUAAAAUAGUUUAUUUAAACUUAGUCUAGUGGUUUUGUACAAAUUACUAUUUUAUGAUAACGCAGAACAAUAGGGAUCAUUCCGCUUGUUGUCAAAAAUACUCCACUUAUGUAAAUAUAUUCACAUUUUCAGAAUAAAAAAGAGGAAAUCGCCCGCGCCUACGCGAUUAAGUCCCGUCGUUGUGAAUAAUAAUGAGUAAAAAUCGUGAAAGUUUAAAUCAGUGUAUUUAAGAAUAAAUUAUAAUUUUAACUUAAUAUCACAAUAUCAUCUUAAGAUCUUAAUUAAUCGGUAGCUAUUGGGUGUGCUUGGUUGUAUGAUGUUCGUCAGUCCGCGCCUCUUUCGCCCAAAGCGAAGGGAGCCUUCGCAGCUGUCCGCAGGUAGAAAUUGCCAGUUAACCUGAAAAAAAAAGUGUUUUAAAGUCUUGCAAAUAUCUUUUUCUACUGUGCGAAAGAGAUAGGUGCUCCCGCCACUGGUGCGCCUUAUGCUAAUCGUGCUAGCCGCCCAAUUAUUGAAACUUUUUUAAUUUAUAAGUUGUACGAUUACCCAUAAUUUUUAAUGAUGUACCUUGUGAUAUUUGUUUAUGUAUGUAAAUGUUUAUAAUUAAUUUAA